AUGCUUGUCUCAGUCAUCUCCGUCUUGGCCGCGGCAUCCGCUGUCGCCGCUCAGUCCUCGACUGUCAUUCCCGCUCCCGUAGUGACCGGUAACCCUAUCGGCGCCAAAUACGUUGGUACUCUUCCUCCCAAGGAGGGCAGCACCCUCACUGGUUCUAUCGAGGCAACUACUGGCGCCGAUGGCAAGGGCGUCAAGUUCUCCGUUUCGUUCGCUGGCCUCCCCGAGACUGGUGGUCCCUUCAUGUACCAUCUUCACGCCAAGCCGGUUCCUGCUGAUGGAAACUGCACUGGCACUGGCGCUCACUUGGACCCGUACAUGCGCGGCGAGGUUCCCGGUUGCGAUGCCAGCAAGCCCGAGACAUGCCAAACUGGUGACUUGAGCGGAAAGUACGGAAAUGCCACUGAGCAGACUUUCUCGGCCGAGUACACUGACUUGUACUCUGCUACUCUGCCUUCAGACCCUGCUUUCUUUGGCGCCUUGUCCUUCGUCGUUCAUCUCAGCAACAAGACUCGUAUCGGCUGUGCCAACUUCACCAUGAUCGACGCUGGUGUUGAUGGCUUUGGCGCUCCCCCGGCGUCUUCCUCUGCGCCUGAAUCUUCAGGCUACGGCGCUGUUCCUUCAUCCACAGGCUACGGCGCCGCUCCUUCAUCCACAGGCUACGCCGCUCCCCCACUGUCUACUGGCUACCCUAUGAUGCCUCCCACCAACACCUCUUCUGGCUUCGCUCAGCCCUCAGGCAUGCCCCUCUACAACACCACCACUGUCGCUACCUCACCAACUGCUGGUCUGCCCAUCACUCCCAGCGCAGCAUCCUCAUCAGCCCCAGCUGAGUUCACCGCCGGCGCCGCCAAGGUUGCCGGUGGCGCUGGUGCUCUGCUUGCCGCAGCUGCCGCCGCACUUGUCUUGUAG